AGUUUGAACUCUUCGUUCUUCAAUGUCAAAUCUUUUACGAAAUCAAUAUUCGGUUAGCACUUAGCACAACUUUUAAUUUCUUUUAUACGUUACGCACUUACGUGUGCGUAUAGUUGGAUCAUUAUUCAAUCCGUUGUUAAAUUUCUGUUGAUUCACUGACGUUAAAUUUAAACCGGAAUGGCGACAUCGUUGUUCCGUUCCGCCCUUAAAGGCGGAUUACAUAAAAAUUAUCUCAGAAAAACUUUAUGUGCUUCAUUUAAUCUAGAAAAGAUAUUGUGUAUCCACACGUCAUCGUUUUUGAAUGUAAAAGGUCAAGAAAUUAACAUGCCGUCUUUGUCCCCGACUAUGACUGAAGGCAACAUAGUCAAAUGGUUGAAAAAAGAAGGAGACAAAAUAUCUGCAGGUGACGUUCUAUGUGAAAUUCAAACAGAUAAGGCUAUUAUGGCUUUUGAAACGGAAGAAGAAGGAGUAUUAGCUAAAAUAUUGGUCCCAGAUGAUGCUAAGGAAAUUAAAGUGGGUGCUUUAAUAGCUCUCAUGGUAGCCGAAGGAGAAGAUUGGAAAAGUGUUGAAACACCCGAUGCCAAAGGUGCUGCACCCGCUGCUUCAAAUUCUCUGGAAGAAUCCCAAGAAUCAGAACAAACUACUGGAGGAAACACCCCAGGAAUUGAAUUAAAUAUGCCAUCACUAUCACCAACUAUGUCUGAAGGUACAAUUAUUAAAUGGCAUAAGCAACCAGGAGAUAAAGUUUCAGCUGGAGAUGUCCUAUGUGACAUUCAAACGGACAAAGCAGUUAUGUCAUUUGAAACUGAAGAAGAAGGAACAUUAGCAAAAAUUUUGUUAGGUGAUGACAGUAAAGAUGUUAAAGUUGGUGAUUUGAUAGCACUAAUGGUUGCUGAAGGGGAGGAUUGGAAUGAUGUUCAAGUACCUGGAAAGAAAAAAACUAAAUCAUCAGUAGCAAAAGAAGACAUUCAGAAACCUAAGGUUGAAUCUCAGACAUCAUCGGAACCUACCACUAGAUAUUCAUACGAUGGUUAUAGUCCAGCUGUGAGGUCGCUUCUAGAAUUAUAUGCUAUUGAUGGUUCUAAAAUUAUAGGAACUGGAAAACAGGGGAAAAUCUUAAAGGGCGAUGUUUUAAAGUAUGUCACUGAAAACAAUUUGUCUAUCAAGCCUCCUAGAACAGUACCUUUACCGGGAGAAACAUCCUCACCUAAAUCUGUCACACCGACAACUGUAUCAAGACCUACCAAAGGACCUGGUUAUGUUGACAUUCCAUUAACUGGCAUGAGAUUAACAAUUGCUAAACGAUUAACUGAAUCUAAAACGAUGAUUCCUCAUGCUUAUGCUACAGCCGAGAGCAAUAUUGAUUCACUAUUAGGACUUCGCAAGCAAUUAAAAUCAGCUGGCAUUAAUGUUUCUGUAAAUGAUUUUAUCAUUAAAGCAGUUGCUAUUGCUCUUAAACAGUGUCCUCUAGUCAAUUGUCACUUUAUCAAAGAUCAAGUGGUUUUACAGGAAACAUCUGAUAUUUCUGUAGCAGUUGCUACUGAAGCAGGUCUGAUAACUCCAAUUGUGACUAAUGCUGAUGGUAAAGCAUUAGACGAGAUUUCAGCUGAAAUAAAAGAAUUGGCAGGACGUGCACGUAUUGGUAAACUGCAACUUCAUGAAUUCCAAGGAGGCAGCUUUACAAUAUCCAACCUUGGAAUGUUUGAUAUAUCUGAAUUUAGUGCUAUUAUAAAUCCUCCACAGUGUGGUAUAUUGGCUAUUGGAAGUGGACGGCCUGUCAUUGCACUAAAUGGUAAACCACAAACAAUUAUGACGGCCACAUUAUCUUACGACUCACGUGCUAUAAGUGAAUCUGCUGCAUCAGAUUUCUUAGAAACUCUACAAGGUUUAUUGCAAACGCCAGCAUCGCUUCUUUUGACAUCUCCAGCAAACAAAAAACGUGCUUCAAAUUAAAUGUACCAACAUUUCCUGAUUAAAUGUUUUUGUUAAGUUUUUUUCUUAGCUUAGGCUCAAAUAUUUGUUAUAUUAUAAUAAGAACUAUAUAAUAUGAAUGAAACAAAAUAUAGCUUUAAUUUUUUGAAGUAU